GAUGGACCACCACCCGACAACGACGGGCUCCAACCGGACCGGCGCCGGUCACGUCAGCCAACACCGAACGCUCCGGGUCACCAUGGAAACGGUCACUAUGGUAACAAUAACCCGGGCGAGUACGAUCCCGAAGCACCGGGGGAUAGCACGCGAGAUAGGGGGACACGUCCACAGUCACACUCCAGGGGAAGAAGUCGUUCAAGGAGUCCCAUGUACAGAGAUAGGGAGGGUAUGCCACCCAGGAAUGAUAGAGACGGGCCACAGAGAGGUGACCGGUAUAAUAGGGGGCGGGAGGAUAAGCGUGCCGACAGACAUGAGGACCGGCAGGACCGACCAGAUCGCACCGACAGGGUCGAUCGCAACGAAAGACCAGAUAGAGGCGAGCGCUCAGACAGGCGUGACAGGGGUGACCGAGGGGAUAGGAGCGAUAGAGGGGACAGGGGCACGAGUAACAAGGACAGCAGAGGUACCAGGGAGAGUACGCUGACACGGGAUAGUUCACACACACGUGGUGAUAAAGGAGAUAGAAGCGAUAGACGGAGUGAGCGGAGCAGUGGCCGGGGCGAGCGUGGGAGUGAGCGGAGAAGGGACAAGGGGGACAGGAAAUGAGGUGCGGAUGGCGCUGAAGGCCAAGGACAGUCCUGUGAAUAAACGAGUGGUAUCUGACUGAAUGAUGUGUUGGAUGUUUUGGUGUAUACCCUUUUUAUAAACUUUAGCUUUUUAUAUGUAUUUAGACGAGAAAAAUACGAUGCUUUCAAGAAAGAAAAACCAAAAAAACAAAAACUACCAAGUCUGUGUAUGUGGCGCAUAUUUUGUUCAUCGGUCCAAUUUAUAGGAGACUGAGGUGCCCGUUGGAGUGACUGAGGCAUUAGCAGGUGCGAGCGUGGUGAUCCGCUCAGAAGAGAUGUAAGGGACGGGAGAUGUUCAGAUUUAGCUGUGAAAACAAAAAGCAUAGCAUAGAUUAGUAUUGACUUGCUUGCAGUAUUGAAUACCGCCGGCGGCGGGUGCAACUUCACUGCACGGCUUGCGUUGUACACGUCGCUUGACUGUG